UGAUGAUCUUUUGGACUUUUCAGAAAAGCUCAGCUUCCCCUUCAAAAGCUUUGGCAUUACCAACUCCUGCUCCAUCAUCCUCUGUUGAGGCUACUUUAUUCAAGCCGGUUGAUGAUGUGACCAUGCUUAAAGAUACAUCUUCAGUCCCAGAUUCUUCAUCACACCCCAUGAAUGAGCCACCUUCCUCCCAGGGCGUCGACCCCCCAAUCAUCGAAGCAGAAGAUACUCCCAUGAGUCCGCCCGUUGUGGCAACAUCUUCUCGCUCGGACAAGGGGAAGUCCUCACGAAUGGGUGAGUCGUUGGUGGCCAGCUUGGCUGAGGGUGCGCCAUCUUCUACGAUUGUCGACGAGGUAGUUUUUCUUCUUGCUCCAUUCCUAUUUCCAACUUAUUUGAGAGAAACUCAAGUUCUUGAGUUGGAUUGUUGUGAACUUCAUUUUUGGUGGUUUCUAGUGAAAAGAGGUCAAUCUACGUUUGUGAGCCUCAAUGGGAGACGUGACAAUGUAUUUCGAGAUGUAGACAAUAUACAUAUUCUUGUAAAUCUCUAUGAUCCUAUGUCUAUAAGUAGGACCAAGAGGGCUGAGAACAUGAGUGAGCAAGAGAAUGUGGGGAAUCACAUUCUGUGA